CGUACGAAAUGCCACCGAAAAAGAAGGGCAACAAAAAGAACCAAGACUGGGACGAUGACGAUCAGUCCGAACAGUCGUCGAUCGUGUCCGGAACGUCCGGGAAGUCGUCGAAAAAGAAGGGGGGCAAAGUUGACAACGUGGAUUCUGACGAGGACAGUGGAGCACCAGCGGGUCGUGGAGCAAAGAAGGCACCUCCGGCGCCAGCACCAUCAGGCAAAAAGGGCAAGAAGGGCAAGCGGAACGAUGACGAUUGGAGCGAUGAGGAGGAACAACCGAAAAAGGGAGCGGUUGGAAGAAAAGGAGCCGAUUCGGAUGAGGAACAGGUGAAAGUACCGGUUCCAGCCAAACAAGCUGGCAAGAAGGAAGCGAAGAAAGUGGCUGCGAAAGGAAAGGGUAAGGGCAAGAAAGAUGACGAUUGGUCGGACAAGGAGGAAAAAGAGAUCGAUCUGCUGGUCGGUGGUGGUUCGGAUGAUGAUGAGGAUGAUGACGAUGGGGAAGACAUGAUGGCCGUAAUGGCGAGCAAAAAGUCUGCCAAAAAGAAACAUCCGAAAAAGGCUGCAAAGAAGACAGCGAAGGUACAGGAUUCGGAGGAAGAAAGUGAAGAGGACGAAGAUGUGUCGGAUGUGGAGCCGGUUGUAAAGAAGGAACCACCCAAAGUGGAGAAACCAAAGGAAGAACCCAACGUGGUUAAAGAACCGGAACCAACACCAACACCAGCAGCAGUCGAACCGGAAAAGAAAAAGGAUGAAAAACAUACCAAGCAGGAGAAGGUGAAAGUGCCCGAACCGGAAAAGGUAGUUAGUGAAGAAGAAGCCGACACGGAAGUGAAUGAAAUGGCCGACAAGGUUGCCGAUGAGUUGAAGCUGGAUGAUGAUGGCGAUGAUGACGAUGGUACCGGCGAAAAGGAGAAGAAACUAACACACAAGGAAAAGAAGAAGCUUAAAAAACAACAAGAGUUUGAGAAACAACAGGAAGCGAUGCUACGGAAGGGUGGUCAAGGACAUUCGGAUCUGGACAGUAAUUUCACGAUGUCGCAAGCACUCAAAACGGGCAACCAGAGCAAACACAUGGAACAUGCGGUGGACAUCAAGAUCGAAAACUUUACCAUCUCCGCCAAGGGUAAUGAUCUGUUCGUAAACGCCAACUUGCUGAUUGCGAACGGGCGCCAUUAUGGGUUGGUCGGCCCGAACGGACACGGUAAGACGACGCUAUUGCGCCACAUCGCCAAUCGUGCCUUUGCGAUUCCGCCCAACAUUGAUGUGCUGCUGUGCGAGCAGGAAGUCGUUGCGGAUGAAACGUCCGCGGUGGACACGGUGCUGAAGGCGGAUGUGAAACGGACCGCGCUGUUGAAGGAAUGCAAAGAGCUGGAAGAGGCGGUCGAGACGGGGAAGAUCGAGUUGCAGGAUAAGCUGCAGGAGGUGUACAACGAGCUGAAAGCGAUCGGAGCAGAUUCGGCGGAACCACGCGCCCGGCGUAUUCUUGCCGGUUUGGGAUUCUCUCGUGCGAUGCAAAAUCGACCCACGAAUGCAUUUUCCGGUGGAUGGCGAAUGCGUGUGUCCCUUGCAAGGGCACUUUUCAUCGAACCUACGCUGCUUCUACUCGAUGAACCGACGAACCAUCUCGAUCUGAACGCCGUCAUCUGGUUGGACAAUUAUCUGCAGGGAUGGAAAAAGACGCUACUGAUUGUGUCUCACGACCAGUCCUUCCUCGAUAACGUUUGUAACGAAAUUAUCCAUCUGGAUAACAAGAAGCUGUACUACUACAAGGGUAACUAUACGAUGUUUAAGAAGAUGUACGUCCAAAAACGCAAGGAGAUGAUCAAGGAGUACGAGAAGCAGGAACGGCGACUGAAGGACAUGAAGGCACACGGACAGUCGAAGAAGGCUGCCGAGAAGAAGCAGAAGGAAAAUCUGACCCGCAAGCAGGAGAAGGGACGAACGAAGAACCAGAAGCCGGGUGAGGAGGAUGAUGGACCGGUGGAGCUGUUGUCGAAGCCGAAGGAGUACAUCGUAAAGUUCAGCUUCCCGGAUCCACCACCGUUACAGCCACCGAUUCUUGGUUUGCACAAUUGCCAUUUCAACUUCCCGAACCAGAAGCCACUGUUCGUGGGUGCGGAUUUCGGUAUUGAUCUGAACAGUCGUGUUGCCAUCGUCGGUCCGAACGGUGUGGGUAAAUCCACCUUCCUGAAGCUUCUGGUUGGUGAGCUCGAUCCGGUGAAGGGUGAAGCGAAGCGCAACCAUCGCCUUCGCAUAGGACGUUUCGAUCAGCAUUCGGGUGAGCAUCUGACGGCGGAGGAAACGCCGGCCGAGUACCUGCAGCGAUUGUUUAAUCUGCCGUACGAAAAGGCUCGCAAACAGCUCGGAACGUUCGGGCUGGCCAGUCAUGCGCACACGAUCAAGAUGAAGGAUCUGUCCGGCGGUCAGAAGGCCCGUGUAGCGAUGGCCGAGCUCUGCCUGAACGCGCCCGACGUGCUGAUUCUGGAUGAACCGACCAACAACCUGGACAUUGAAUCGAUCGAUGCGCUGGCGGAUGCGAUCAACGAGUACAAGGGUGGCGUAAUUAUCGUCUCUCACGACGAGCGGUUAAUCCGCGAAACGGACUGCACGCUGUUCGUGAUCGAGGACCAAACGAUCAACGAGGUGGACGGCGAUUUCGACGAUUACCGCAAGGAGGUGCUGGACAGUCUGGGCGAGGUUAUAAACAAUCCUAGCAUAUCGGCUAACGCUGCCGUCCUGCAGUGA